CCCCAGAGGAAGAUCAGCUCAGAAGCAGGAAGGAAGGCAGAGCUGACACGUUGGGACAGCAGUGCUCCAAGCAUUUCUGAAGCAGAGGCUCUUCUCACAGAGGGAGGGACAGAGUGGGCAGCAGGUACCAUGAAGCCCACUUCAGCCCCUCCCCAAGGAGGACGGGUUCCCUGGCAGGACCUCCUGCUGGCAGUCUCGCUCUUAACCCUCUGGAACCCGCCCACCACUGCCCAAGUCACUGUGGAGUCCGUGCCGCCCAGUGCUACUGAAGGGAAGGACGUCCUUCUGCAAGUCCACAAUCUGCCUAGGGACACUGGACGCUUCAACUGGUACAAAGGGGCCACAACUGAGGAGAACCUUCGUAUUGUAUCAUAUAUAUUAGAUACACAAAAAACUGUUAAAGGACCUGCACACAGCGGCAGAGAGACAGUGUACCCCAAUGGAUCCCUGCUGUUCCAGAACAUCACCCUGAAUGACACAGGAGUCUACACCCUACAAAUCAUAAAUAGAACUUAUGAAACGGUACAAGUAACUGGACAGCUCCAUGUAUCUGCGGAGUUACCCAAACCCCACAUCACAAGCAACAACUCCAACCCCGUGGAGAAUGUGGAUUCUGUGCUAUUAACCUGUGAACCUCAGACUCAGAACACGAGCUACCUGUGGUCAGUAAGCAAUAAGAGCCUCCCGGCCAGCACCAGGCUGGAGCUGUCCCUGGACAACAGGACUCUCACUAUACAUGGUGUCACAAGGGAUGACACAGGACCCUAUGUGUGUGCAACUUGGAACCCAGUGAGUGACGGUCGUAGUGACCCAUUCACCCUGAAUGUUCUCUAUGGCCCGGACGCUCCCACCAUUUCCCCCUCAGACUCCUAUUACCAUCCAGGGGCCAACCUCAAUCUCUCCUGCCAUGCAGCCUCUAACCCGCCUGCACAGUAUUCUUGGCUUAUCAAUGGGAGGCCCCAGACAAACACACAGGAGCUCUUUAUCCCCAACAUCACUGCGAAUGAUAGUGGAUCCUAUACCUGCCUCGCCUCUAACUCUGACACUCGCCUCAAUAAGACCACAGUCAAGAUUAUCACAGUCUCUGAGCCCUUGGCCCAGCCCUCUCUCCAUGCCAGCAACACCACACUCACAGAAGACGACUCUGUGUUCCUGACCUGCUCCACAAAUAACACUGGGGUCUCUAUCAGGUGGCUCUUCGAUGGCCAGAGUCUAAAGCUCACAGAGAGGAUGACGCUGUCCCAGGACAACAGCACCCUCACCAUACACCCUGUCAGGAAGGAGGAUGCCGGGAAUUACCAAUGUGAGGUCUCCAACCCAGGCGAUUCCAGUAAAAGUGACCCUGUCAGGCUGGUUGUGAAAGGUGCUUUAACGCAGUUGAAUCCUGGCCUCGCACCUGGGGUUAUUGCUGGCAUCGUGAUUGGAGUCCUGGCUGGGGUUGCUGUGAUAGUAACCCUGGUGUACUUUCUGUUUAUCAGAAAGACUGGCGGGGCAAAUGACCUGCGUGAUGUCACAGAGCACAAACCCUCAGCCUCCAACCACAGUCAGGACCACUCUGACAAUUUGUCUAAGAGUGAAGAAGUUGCAUAUUCUUCCCUGAACUUCAGUGCCCAUGAACCAAAGAAAACAACUUCAGCCUCCCCAUCCCCAGCAGACACAGAAACGGUGUAUACAGAAGUACAAAAGAAGUAACAUGACCUGUCCUGCUCGCUGUGCUGACUCUUUCCAACCUUUCAUUCCCAUCAUGAGGAGACCCUUUUACCCUCAGGGAAAAGGGGAAGAAGCCUCUUUCCCCACCUUAUUCCCUAACAAGCUCCUCCAGGCUGCCUUGUCACAGUCCCUCCCUUCAGUGUCAAUACAUGAGAAGGUACAUCCGGGAUUCCUAGGAAACCCAACCUUCCUUGUCAUUGAAAUUUGGCAAAGGGGACCUUGGGAAGUUGCCACAACCUCUGCCCCUCCUCCUUUCUUUUUUAAAACUUCCCUAUUCAGAGCACAGUCAUUCCUUCCAGCCCCAGUCCUGUCCUAUUGGAGUCUAACUUGAAUUUGCCAUAACCUUGAGAGUCCUCUCCUGAUCCAAUGAAAUGCAUGUGCCAGGAAAGAAGAGAGAGAAGAAUUAAAAGCAAAAGUUUCUAUCUCUCCAAAGCCCCCUGCAAACCCCACCCUGCACAGGAAAACAAAUAUGCUAACCUGGGAAAUUCUAUACCUUUGUCUAUUGUCAAAGUUGUCUACCAGGGCCUAAACACCUUAAUGCUUAACUAGAAAGCCACCUAAGCCCUUUGACAAGCCUGUCUUCAGAGAACCCACUAGAAACAAUUAGGAAAAUUAAUCACCGAGGUCAACAGGUGAUUCCUAAUGGAAAAUGCAAAAAAAAAAGUAUGUUUCAUAAUUUUCUUCUUCAAGGAAAUGUCUACAGAAGGAGGGCUUAUAAAGCUUCAGGGAGCAGUCAAGUCUUAGUAGAGAUAAUCAACUGGGAGUUUGGGAAAGGAGUCAGAGAGCUACCCUUCGGAGAUGAUUUAAAUAAUUAUUAAAGAAUGCACUGUUUGGUAUGUUGGGGUUUUUUUCCCUGAGAUAUUCUGCCAUUGCAGUUUUUGCAAGUGCUUGUUCAUGUGAAAGGUGCUAUUUCUACUUAGCUAUAUAAGCUGAACUGACUGCCUUCAGCCAAAGAAGCCACCAUAACCCCUCAAGUCCCCUUGGCCAGGAGUUCCUCAAGGUCCUCAUGUUGGGGGCUCCAAAAAAGAAGAGCAGCAGCAGCAGUUUUCCUCUUUUGUGGCUAGAAUGGGUCUAACUCAGUUUCCCGGCAUCCUAGGCCAGUCUUCAACCACCACCACUUUCCAUGUCUCUGCUGUGCGUGGUGUCUGCCCCACUCAAUUUUCGGGAGACCUGGCUUCUGCUAAGGUGUGACUGGUCCUUGAGAAGUGGAGUGCCCUGAAGGGAACACACUCACACCCCUGUUGGCACUGCUAACCCCCGAGAAAGCUGCCCUGGUGUAGAUGCUCCUGGGAAGCAGGGAUGAGAAGGGUAUUAGGACAGGGGAGGGGGAUAACUGGUUCAGAGGCCCCAUGAACAGCCUCUGAAAUGUUUUUUUUUUUUUUUUUCCCCCAUGGG